UCCACUCCUCAUCAGUUAGUUGCUCUUGAACCAGUGAAAGUGAAGGUCUGAAACAAUGGCACCGGCUUACAAACUGACUUAUUUCGAUGGAAGAGGUCUUGCUGAAACCUCCCGGUACCUCAUGAAAUACGGCGGAAUUGAUUUUGAAGACUGCCGGAUCAAAAGAGAAGAGUGGCCCCAAUGGAAACCAAAAUUCCCGUUUGGCCAAGUGCCCGUUUUGGAGCACAAAGGCAAAGUUGUGGGCCAGAGCAUCGCAAUCGCCCGGUAUUUGGCCAAACAAGUCAAGUUGGUGGGAAAUGACGAUUGGGAAAAUCUCGAAAUCGACGCUAUCGUCGACACCAUCAACGAUCUGCGCCUAAAACAUGCGGCUUGGUUCUACGAGCAAGAUGAGGCAAAGAAGAAAGUCAUCAUUGAGAAUAUCAAAAAGGACACUUUGCCCUACUAUUUGCCUCGUUUGGAGGAAAUCGUCAAGAAGAAUAAAGGCUAUCUGGCACUCGGACGGCUCACUUGGGCCGAUUUUUAUUGGGCGACGGUUUCGCAAGUUUUCGAUGUGGUCACGGGAAUUGACACUAUUGCUAAUUAUCCGGAAUUGAAGGCCGCCAGAGAAAGAGUUAAUUCUUUACCAGCGAUCAAGAAAUGGAUUGAAGUGCGACCCAAGACUGAUUUCUAAAAACUCUAUUAUUUAUUCUGUUCAGAAAUUAUAAAAAAUAAAAUUAUUACUUUUGAAA